AUGUCUUUCUUUGGAUUUGAUCCCAGUCAACCUCCUCACGAGAGGGGUCAUGAUACUGCUGCUCCAGGUUUUGGUCAACAUGCAGAUCCAUUUGCAAGUCUUUCUGGCUCAGGAAAUAAUAAUGAAGCGUUCGAUUUCGAAGAUACAUAUGAUGGUUUAGGAGAUCAGCUUCAAGAGACCGGUGAUGAUUUCAACAAUGAUACAUUUGGUGGUGGUGGUGAGAGCAAUUCUAUUGCAAGCAAGCCAGUUGGAAAGGACUUUGAUUUUUUUGGACAAACCGCAAAAGUCUCCGAUGCUAUCAAUGAGGAACAAAUGCGAUACACUCGACAACAACCAGUAAUUUCUAGGACAACUCCAACCGUAUCUACCUUCUCCCAACAACCUAUGUCAAGACCUGCUAGAACUGGCUAUGAGCGAUACCAAGAGCCGGAAUAUGUUCCUGAUAUGCAAGUUGAUGCGAAUCUUUGGGGUGUUGCACCGAAACACGCUCCCCCUAUGACCGCCACUCCUCCCGUUACUGGUGCAUCUGCGCCGAGCCGAAAGAUGAUGAGUUUAGAGGAAGUUGAAGCAGCCAUGCGAGCUGAAGCCAAGAAGCCUUCGCAGCCUCAAGUACCUGUUCAUCAACAGCCAAUGACACCAUCCCAACCACAGUACCAACAACCCCCACCUCAGCAGUACCAGAACUUCCACCAACAGGCUCCGCAACAGCAACAGCAACAGCAACAGCAACAGCAACAGCAACAGCAACAGCAACAGCAACAACAGCAACAACAAUUGCCAGCCCAAGUUGGUGCUCCACCCCAGUCGGAACAACGCCAGCUUCCUAUCGAUCAACAAAUUCAUAUCUUGCAACGUCCCCAAGUCCCAAAUAGCCAGGCUAAUGUUCCUUCUAUCCCAUCUCAACCGGCACACAUGCAGAACAUGAACAGAUUUCCCGGUCAAUCUCAUGGUGUGCAACGAGGUCAUCAGAACCCCCAUGCUUCCGGAAAUCGACAUGUCAUUACUCACCCGCAACAAAUGUUAAAUCUAUCUGAGGAAGAGAAAGCCGCAUUCGUGUUGGAAGAUGCCAAGAGAGCAAAGCGAAAUCAUAAAAUAUUUUUGUUAUCCAAGGAUAAUGGCUUGAUGACACCCCAAGACAAGAACUUCAUUACCCGUAUUCAGUUGCAGCAAUUGGUUACCGCUACUGGAAAUCCCAAUGAACAUGGUAUAGAUUCCUCUCUUUCCGAGGAUUUCUAUUACCAGGUUCACAACCAAAUUCGAGGUGGACCUCGUCAAAACCCACAUCAGCCUUUGAGCAAUUUUGCGCAGACAUAUCUGUUUCAAACCGGUAACCGCCAGGGCAGUAUGCGAAGACAAGCUCGUGGUGGCGAUAAUCAUGUACAACGUAUGGAGCAACAAGUGCAACGAGCAGUUGAAGCAGCGAAGAAUAAGCCAAAGAAUAAGCAAUUGGUAAUUGAGGGAAGUUUGGGAAAGAUUUCAUUCAGCAACGCAAAGACUCCUAAACCUCUAUUGAACAUCAAGCGAACCGAUAGCAAUGAGGCACGACCAGGAAACUCCCCUAAUCCUCGCAAGGCCAAUCUCGCAAGUGUUAGCGGUAGCAAUAGAAAAGUCGUAUUGACUGACAUCGAGAAUGUGUAUAAUACAUUGAUGGAGUUGGAAGAUCAUGAACGCUCAAAGCCCAGAACACUGGCUCCGGAAGAGAUCAACCCACAAAUCGCUGGCUUGGGCCAAGACUGGAGUGAACGACAAGACUUUCUCAACAAGCAAUUAUGGCGAAAUUUGAGAAUCCAUGAGCCGAUCGGUGCAACUACUGUUCACCCUUUCAUCGCAUUUCUUUCAUUUAACAAGGGCAAGAAGGCGAUUCCUCGAGUCUUCAGACAUAUCAGUGAUGAGCAACGUGCUACUAUACUAACCAUGAUUAUUCUUCACCUCGAUAAACUCGAUGUCGUUCGAUUAGCUGUGCCUAGCCCUGAUGGAAUCCAGCUUAGUGCCGAUACUCGAGAAAAUAUCGACUUAUUUCAGGUGACAGUUAUGUCAAGCCUCUUUGGAUUCCUUCACGACGCCGACUUUCAAAUUACUACUGGUGUUUUGGGUCUUAUCCUUAAUCUGAACAUCGAUUUGAUUGCUCGCACCAGAAUCGGUCUUAGCCUACUGACCAUGAUUCUCAGUCGGGCUGAGAUUACCAAGCAGGCUGGAGAUGUUGACGAACGUGGAUGGAAUGAUUGGUUAUCCACUCACAAUGCAUUUUUUGAUGCCCUUGAGCCCACACUUCCAGAAAUUUUCCCUGGUACCGUCAACACUGGCGAGGACGUAUACGUCUGGCAAUUCCUUGCCGCCAUUGGUAUCGGUGCUAGUCCCGAGCAACAACAACGACUCGUUAUGGCUGUCAAGGAUCGUGUCAUGGAAACCGUUGGACUUGCGAAGACAUUACCUCCCGCCAUGUCUAGCCAAAAACUUGCAAAUGUAAACCUCUUCAUGCGUUCUAUCGGACUGGAUGUUGAGUUACUUGCAUGA